ACGAAUCAAAGACUCACCAUGUCCACACAUUGAGUAACAAGGCGCAAUAAACUGUUAUUUAACAAAAAACAGCAAACUUCUAAAAACCGAAAUGUCAAUAUUACUAUUUGAAAAAACUUUUAUCUUCUUUACGUCGUUAAUUGUUUUCCAUGUAGAUGAGCAUUUUGCUAUUCAACAUCCACAAACUAAGCAAUAAAGCCAAACCUUUUCGUAAGCAAGCAAACCAAACGUAUUCGCAACUUUCACAAAAAAAAAAAAAAAAAAAAAAAAAAAAAAAAAAAACAACAACUAUAAUGAUUGGAUUUAAGGUUUCAUAAUCUAGAACAGCAUUCUUCCAAGUUCAAUUGGUAAAUUAACUGAUUUUGUUUCAGGAAACACUUGAUGAUACCAUUCCAACAAACUAAGGACACUUUACGAACAUUUCCUAAAAAAAAAAGAUAGUGAUGUGGUUACAAUCUGCUAGAUCCCAAUGAACCAUACUGAAAUUUAAAGUGCCAUGGAUUAAUCAACUACCCCUUGGAAUAGAGAUGGUAUUUCAGGCGACAUGAAAUUGACAUCUAUUCUUCUUCUUUCAUGGAUAAAGUUCUUCCUGUUCUACUCUGCCGCUUCGUUAUCAGGACAUGGGGAAAGCAGGUUUCACACGAGACAUCCCCACGCCAGCCUGCCUCACCGUCGCACCAUCCGAGCUGACAGGGACACCAACUACAGCUACGACAACUCGCAAAACACGGACAGCGCCGAUUUCGUGCAGAUUUACGCGAAGCAGAACGUUCAGCUGAUGCUGGAGUGCGCGGUUAACAUUAAUUUUAGUACGAGCAUUUGGCUGAAAGACGGUCAGAUUGUGCAGACUCUGUUGAAACAGAACACGAACGGUAAGAGGGUGCUAGAGCAUAGGUUUUUAGUGGACGCGACAGGCAGCCUGUUCAUCGACAACGUGAGGCUGGAGGAUGACGGGAGGUGGCAGUGCGAAGCGGAGGAUGCAUUCGGAUUCGUCGUCACUGGGAAGCCCAUUCAGCUCACGGUGCUAGAUGCUCCCAAGAAGGCCUACCUGAUGAUCGACAACAGGAUCUUGGAUCCCGGAAACCCCUUCAUCCCCGUGAAGGAGAACUCCGAUCUGACGGUCUCCUGUGUGGUAGACGAGGGCAAUCCUAAACCAGCGCUGUCCUGGGAGCUACGACUGGGUUCUCUGGCCCUUCUCGACGUGCCGGAGAUCCCUCUGGACGUGCUCAACAUCACCGAGACCCAGAGGGAGCAGAAUGUGGGCGCCAGGUGCGACGCCAGCGUUGGUAGGGUUCUGAGGACGCACCACAACGCAACACUCACCUGCUUCAUACAUCAUAUCGCACUCGAGCAAGCGCUGAACGUGUCUGUUCUACUCAACGUUGAAUACACGCCAUCGUUCGCAAUAUCGAGGGAGCCUGGUUUCGGGAUCCCAAUCAGGGAAGGUAUUCCUGUAUCCCUGAAGUGUGACGUGGACGCAAACCCCAGAGCCAGUCCUGUCUGGCAGAAAGACGACGACAGUCCGCCAGUUCAGCAGAGUCCAGACGGAUACUUGAACUUCACGGAAAUUAGGAGAGAACACAGUGGCUGGUACAAAUGCGUAGCCAGGAAUAGGCUGGGCAGAUUUUCCAGCAUAGGAUAUUUCCUCAACGUUAGAUCUGAACUAGAGGUGACUCAAGAACCGGAGUUCGAUAUUGGUGAAUUGAGUUCAACUGGCAGGCAGAUCGAGGUAUCCCUUGGCGGAGCUGUCCAAUUAGCUUGUCCUCCAGGAACUAGUGGCUGUUGGACCAGACUUGAACCUGGUUCCGGUCGUUUGCAGCCAAUGGGCGCUUCCCAGGAGCUUCGUCUUGACAGGGUCAUCUACCAGGAAGCGGGCGAAUACCGAUGCGUUGCUCCCAGCAGGGAAAACACCAAGCGUCUGGAUUCCUUGAGGAACAUGAUAUCCUUCGAAGUUGUCGUGAAAGGGAAGCCAGUUGUGACUCCAGUUCAUAAAAACGUCACGGCCGUUUUUGGUCAACCGCUCACGUUGACGAUGGAGUUCUGCGCCAACCCCCCCUUCAAUAAGGCCUUCUGGAUAGCCAAAAAUAAGGUCUACAAGCCAGGAGAUGCUGACACCACUGUGAUUGCUUAUAGAAUAACGAAUUCCUCUGCCCCCCACUGCCACCAAGCCGUGCUGUUCUUAACGAAAGUGUCGACGGCCGACGUUGGAGAGUACACGUUUAUGGUCCGUUCACCAAACGGUCUAUCCGAAGGAAACUUUUUUGUAAAUAUGACAUAUGCUAACGGAUACAUAGUUCAUACAGAAGCCACAGUAUCGCUGAAUGAAACACCCAGUAACUUUGCCAAAAUGUACUUUAUAAGUGUUAUAUUUUUAUUACUGAAUUGUUACUGACUGACUUAAACGAAGAAAGCGCACAUUGUGGUAUACACGUAGUGACAUUGACAAGUGACAAUUGGUCCAUUUGUCAUAUGUCAAUGUUUGAUGUGAAAACAGGAUUUUCAUGCAAAAAUUGUUUGAUUCUGAGAGAACAAACAAGUUGUCUCCGAUUAAUGACUACACAUAGUUAUAAUUUACGCCGAUACAGAAGAAACUAAUUAAAAAUUUAAAAGGAUACAAAUAGUCAACCAAUGAGAAUUCUGCAAACCCUGGCCAUCCACCAAAUUAUUGCCCAACCAACCAAUGGGCAUAACAAUUUUGAAUGAAAAUCUCAAGAGUAUACUAUUUUGAACACAUAAUUGGACAGAAAUCAAUUUUCUUGUAUAUUUCAAAAUAAAUAAAUGUAUAGUUUUAUAUUGGUUCCAGUUUUUACAUGUAUAAAUCUGUUGAUAGAUCAAGCUUAAAUGUUAAGAUGAAUGUAACUAAUAAUAAAAUAUACGUCCAACCACAAAAGCUGUAUUUUUAUUACAUAUUUCAAAGUUAGAUCUAUGUGGAGGUAACUCAGAAAAAUAUAGCUUUCUGUUCUGUAUCAUUUUUGAACAGCAUUGAGACCAAGCAAAAUGCUGCAUAAAAUAAAAUAUGGAAAACUACAACAAGAUU